UACAACAAUAUACUGAUUCAACACGAAGACCUCAGGAAAGCGAUUAUUUUUAGUGGAAAUGUUUGCCUUGGCUACUAAAACCUUUGUGGAGGAGGUGGACAACGGAGGCUUACUGAUCCCAGUCUCCAGCCUGAACGAUGACAUCAGUCUCCUGACCGUGGUGGUGAAACGGAAACGGUUCUGGUUCUGGCAGAAGCCCAGAUAUCUCCCAGCUGAUUUCAUCCUCAGUGACCUGCUGACAGGCGACACACCUUUAAUGCCAGCUGUGGUGGAAAAAGACUUUCUGAAAUACAGCGGCACGUUCGGCGACAGCCUUCAGGGAACCGUGGAUGCCAGUUUUGCGAAGAGCAGCGUGAACGUGGAGGGCAAAGACACCAGCAAACUUCAGUCGUCUUUUGGAAGUUUAAAAAAAGAGGAAGUGGACGUGCAGAAGUUGCUGCAGGACUGCAGAGACAGAGCUAGAACAGCUAAAGGAGCAUUUCCAGGUGCUCUCAGCUCUUCCUGCCUCCACCAGGGCCUCGCUGCUUCAGCAAAUCUCCGAGCUGCUUCAGGACCCCGCCGCCAUCAGGACUCUUCAGAUUGUUCUGGACCGGAUGCGUCAGGAUGAGGAGCCUGGGUGGAGCGAUGCUGGAGGGACGGGGUGUCAGCAGCAGAAAAUCCAAGAGAUUCUCCACCUGUUGGAGCUUUUGGGUGAAGCGGAGCGAGGUCGGACAGAAUCGCUCCUCCUGGCGCUUCAUCUCAUCAUCAGCGCCCUGGAUGAAAUGACUGAAGGUUGUGUUGCUGUCCUGAGAACAUGCAGCAGCCCUCCAGUCUUACAGAGCCUGGAGCUACUGGUGCGGUGUGUAUCAGGUGACGGAGAGAUGACUUGGAGCGGCGCUGAUCUGACGGAGGAGCUUUAUGAAAUGACUCGACGUCUGUUUGCGAACUCUCACGUCUGCCUGAGGAGAGACGGCGACGUGCUKCGAACAGAGAUCAGACACCAGCCAGGAAACCUUCCUCUGGUUCUGUGUAUCGCCAUCCGAGGGCUCGCCUCUCUGGCCCACACUUAGAACCUUGUUUUCUAACGCUAAACAUGAUGAACUUUCUAAAAGUGUUUGUAUAUAUGUUUGUUUUUAAGCUUAUGUGAUUUUUUUUUUUUUUUAGUCUGCAAAGACUCUUAAACUAUAACUAAUAUGUGUUUGACAGUGAAUGCCCCACGAAUGAUUUUGCACUUCUUAAAUUGUCAAAAAAAUCUGAGAACUUUGAUCAGUUUGUGGCAUCAAACAUUCCUGCACAGACAGAAGUAUGGAAGCUGAUCAAUCUCACAAWAUUUUCAUCUGAAUUCAGAUUCAGCUAAUCUUUAUGAGGAACACCUUCACCCCCUUUUGUCUUCAGAACAGCUUUUAAUAAAGGAUCAACAAGA